AUGUGUGCGGUUGCAUAUUGGCGUUGGUUAGAUCAUAACAAACAGAUAAGAGUUUGUUUUGUAGCGAGUAAAUGUCGUGUUACUCCCCUUAAACUGGUGACGGUACCCAGAUUGGAAUUGCAGGCUGCAGUAAUGGCUGCCAGGUUAGCGAAUACAUUACAGUCCGCACAUCGAAUUAAAACAGCUGACCGAUACUUUUGGUGCGAUUCCACAACUGUGUUACAUUGGAUACGUAACAACACACGGUGUUAUAAACCUUAUAUCGCGCAUCGCUUGGGGGAAAUCGAUGAACUUACACAAAUCAAAGAAUGGAGAUACAUACCUACAUCUAUGAACGUAGCAGACAUGGCGACUCGUGAAAAUUAUGACUAUCUUCAGCUGCAAGGCGAGUGGUUUAAUGGACCAUUAUUUCUACAAGAGACAGAACCUUCGUGCCCUUCAAGUACGAUUAUACCUGUUGUCGAAGACUAUAACUUAGAAUAUAUAAACAAUAUUGUACCUACAGAUUACUUACCUGUGCCAGAUCCGAAGCGAUUCUCUUCUUGGAUACGUCUUCUGAGAAGUAUAUCGGUAGUGCUGAAAUUUAGAAAUAAAUGUCGAAGAAGGGUCAUUGAUGAAUGUGCUGCCAUGAAAGACGCCGAGAGACUAGUCAUACGAUAUGCACAAAAUGAGUCAUUUUGUUCGGCCAUAUCUGCAAUUAAAUAUGGAGGAUAUUUAGAAAAAAGUAGUAAGUUACAUUCGCUUACGCCUUUUCUUGAUGAACAGGGUGUACUCCGCGUGGGCGGACGUAUAGGCGCCGCCGCUGAUAUUACCUUCGACAUGAAGCAUCCUGUAAUUUUAGAUGGAAGAAAUAAAGUUGCAAAAUUAAUCGUAAAACAUUACCAUGUGCUGGGAGGCCACGGUAAUCAAGAGAUGGUAGUGAACAACCUGAAACAAAAUUAUUGGAUUAUACGAUUAAGACCUACUGUUAAGGAAAUAACUACUAAAUGUAUGCUAUGUAAAUUAAGAAAGGUGAAACCUCACGUGCCGUUAAUGGGUGAUUUACCUACCGCCAGAGUCGCUCAUCACCAGAGACCCUUUACACAUUGUGGUGUUGAUUUGUUUGGUCCCAUGGAGGUUACGGUCGGAAGACGAAGGGAGAAACGCUAUGGAGUUCUUUUUACGUGUCUCACUGUUCGAGCAAUUCAUUUGGAGACUGUUUCGACCCUCAGUACAGAUUCUCUGAUUAUGGCUCUUCGCAGGAUGGCAUCAAGACGUGGAUGGCCUGCAUACUUGUACUCCGACAAUGGGACGAACUUAAGAGGAGCAGACGCAGAGCUGAAGAAGUUCACCUCGGAGCUUGAUGAGCAAUCCAUGCAGACUGCUGUGAGUAUCCAUGGCACCCGCUGGACCUUUAUACCACCAGCUAGUCCUCACUGGGGUGGGGCUUGGGAACGCUUGAUUCGCAGCGUCAAAGUCACGCUUAAAGUAGUCCUUAAGGAAAGAGCACCUAGAGAAGAGGUACUUACCACGCUGCUGGCUGAAGUGGAAGCUAUCGUGAACGGACGUCCGUUGAGUCACGUGUCGGUCGACGUCAACAGCGAAGAGUCGUUGACACCUAACCACUUCCUGCUGGGCUCAUCUUCUGUCAUACCGCAGUUGGGCAACUUCGAUGAUUCUGACCUGUUCUUGCGUCGACAAUGGCGUAUAGCACAGAGGUUAGCUGAUAUGUUUUGGAGGAGGUGGGUUACCGAAGUGCUACCAGAAAUGAUACCACGCCAAAAGUGGACCCAAGAUAAUGAGAGACCUCUUCAGGUUGGUGACUUAGUGUUCACGCUGACCCUAAUGCUCCCCGUAACAUUUGGCCGCGAGCUCGGCACUCAAUUGAGUGCCGAGCUAAAAAGAGAAAAAGACCAGGGGAAAAAUGCAUACAUUAAACAUAACAAAUUAGUAAUAGAACCAGAAAACGAAAAAAUACAAUACCAAAAUGAUCAAGACCGACGUAAGAGAGUUUUAUCACUGUCACCAAUAACAGUCGAUGUCAAGAGUGGAAAACUAUUUACCGCAAAGAACCCCAUCAAGAAAAAUAGAAUGGACCAAUAUCUAAUUAAAAACAAAGAUGUGAGCACAAUGCCUAGUUCUCCUUUACGUCAGAAAUCAGACAGCUCCUCAUCUGCCAAUGAAUGA